UAUGGCUAAGCUUUUUGGAAUAUACAGAGCGUGUGGAGAAGACUUAUUACAAUCAUGGAUUGUUUAUGUCAAAUCAUCCGUGUAUUGAUGAUAUGCAUAUCUGCAGUAGUUAUGCUAUGUUGCUGCUACCCCUUAUUGAAUCUCCCUCUACCUGGAAGUGAGCCAACAGAAUUUCUUACUCCUUUAUCAGACUUCAGUCAAGGACUUUACACAGCAGGAAAAAAUUUACCGUAUUCAAGUCGUGAUGUUCCGGUGGAUUUACCACAAUGGUUUGAAGCGGAUGAACAGGUUGCAUAUGUUCAACAAUUUCUUGUUAAAUCAAUUGUUAAUCCGUGGAAUGAAAAAGAAAUGAUAUUAACUGAUGCCUAUCGAGCGCCGAUCGCAAAAAUAUUCACACUUUUGGAGGAAAUAGAGAAUUUUCAUUUGGAUGAAGAUGAAUCUCACUCUGUAACGAAACGAUGUUUGCAUGUAACCGAAAGUAUUAUCAAGCCGAAACAAAGUAUUAAACCUCUUUUUCCUGAGUAUGGUUGUCUUAUUCUAUCUCCUGCGUCAUUCUGGAGAAAAAAUAUGCAGAAUUUUCAAAACGAUCAAAACAUUAUGUACACAGUACAUAAGUAUCAAGGAAAGACGCUGGAAACUUCACCGUCUGUAAAAGAGUUAUUAUUUGGAGUUCCAUCGAAAGAAAGUGGUGUCAAUAAUUUUAUAGUUAGAAAUAGGCAGAGAGCUGUCACUUAUGCAAUAACAUUGGUUCUAAAGACAUAUGAUCACAGGAUAUGCUCUGGUCUUAUUUUGUUACAUAGGGCUAUGCAAAAACUAAUUGAAAAUGGACCACAUGAUGCACCUAAAGGUAAUGAGUGCAAAAGUUUUGCAGCAAGUCCAGCAGUGGCUAAUGUUUGUCGAUUGAAGGCCUCAAUGAUAAUGAAUUACGAUGUCUGGCCACCGGCGGCAUGGUCCGUAUCAGGCUUUGUUACUCACUUUCAAUGA